UGUUUCUGCUUUGCUCUUUAGUUCGCGUUAUUUUUAGGCCGCCUAACACAAUUUUUUUCUCGACGCUAGCGCGCCAAAUGUUUUUCUGGCUAAAAUAGACAAAAAAUUCCAUCAAAACACGCAGGCUUCCACUUAUAAAACACAACUCACACGCAGCGCUAUCAAAAUUUGUAAGUGAAAAUUCAAUGCCAUGAGGCUACUGUACGUCUUCGCGCUGAUACUGGCGGUGCGCAUAGCAUCGGUAUUCGUGGUCCAGACUUAUUAUGUGCCGGACGAGUAUUGGCAGAGCCUGGAGGUGGCCCACAAGCUCACAUUCGGCUAUGGCUACCUCACGUGGGAGUGGGUGAAGGGUAUACGCAGUUAUGUUUAUCCGCUGAUAAUAGCGGGCAUUUAUAAAUUGCUCGCUCUGCUGCAGUUGGACAGCGCCCAGUUGUUGGUGGUGCUGCCACGCCUACUGCAAGCCACAUUGACCGCCUACUCGGAUUAUCGUUUCUACGUCUGGACUGGCAAAAGAAAGUGGGCGUUGUUCCUAAUACUUGUGCCAUGGUUCUGGUUCUACACGGGCUCACGCACGCUGUCCAACACGCUGGAGGCGUCGCUAACCACCAUCGCCCUCAGCUACUUCCCCUGGAUUGGCGAGGGCUCCGCUUACCUGUGGCCCGCUGCAAUCUGUUGCUUUUUGCGUCCGACUGCGGCUGUGAUCUGGGUGCCCUUGGUGAUUUAUCAUCUGCGCAAGACGAGACAACCUCCGUUGGAGCUGAUUCUGAAACACUUUGUACUGAUUGGCGCCUUUGUAGCCGGCGUUGGUAUUGCUAUUGACACCUAUUGGCAUGGCCAAUUGAUUGUGACGCCUUGGGAGUUCCUCAAGUAUAAUAUUCUACACAACAUUGGCAGCUUCUACGGCUCGCAUCCUUGGUAUUGGUACUUCACAGUGGGUCUGCCCACAGUGCUGGGCAUUAAUACGCUACCCUUUAUCUAUGGCAUCAUGGAGACCGUGCGUAAGGGCGACCGGCACCCAGUGAGCAAGCAGCUCUUGAUCAGCAUUUUGGUUACGCUGGUGGUGCUCAGUACGGUGGAGCACAAGGAGUUCCGGUUUGUGACUUCGCUGUUGCCUCUGUGUUUGUAUGUGUGUGCUGAGUCUCUGUCCCGCUGGAGCUAUCGCGCCUCGAGAACUCAACUUUGGGCAGCCGCUUUGAUUAUUCUGCUGGGCAAUGUGGUGCCCGCUUGGUAUCUGAGCACGGUGCACCAGAAGGGACCCAUUGAGCUGAUGCCCAAGCUGCAGGAGAUUGCUAAGGAUUAUCGUGACGAGCGCGAACAACGCGCUAAUAUACUCUUCCUUAUGCCAUGCCACUCGACACCCUAUUAUAGUCACAUUCAUGAGAAUGUCACCAUGCGCUUCCUCACCUGCAAUCCGAACUUGGAGCAGCGAGAAAACUUCAAGGAUGAGGCUGAUCGUUUCUUUGAGGCGCCCAUGCACUGGCUGCGAUCCCAUAUACCUGUUCAUCCCAUCACUGCACAGCCUUCCCAUGUGGUCCUCUUUGAUUCGCUAGAGAAGAAGAUCACCGACUUCUUGAUUAAUUACAAACUGUUGUACAGUAUCGAGCACGCCGAGGUAAAGAAAUGGGUUGAGUCACCUUUGCUGCAGGAUUUGUCCGCAGCAUUGGGAACGCAACUGCCUAAUGUCGCGUCUCUCUUGCAGCACGUGCAAUCGCGUACGGGUAAGAGCAUACUGGUCUAUCAGCGCCUGAACAAGGGCGAGGAGAAUGCAUUUAAUCGUCAGGAAGACGCGGAACUGCCAGCUGAGCCGCAAUCGAGUGAAAAUCUGUUCAAUUAAUUUAUUUUAAAGUCAAGCAAUAUUUUCUUAAAUUGUCCUUUUUCUAUAUAGCAAAGACUUGAUGCGACAUUUAGCCCUCCGUUACUGAAAACAAAAAGUAAGCAACUAAUUGAAAUUAUUAACAUUACGGCCUUAGUAACAGUUUUUAAAACGUAUUUUUGAAACAGUUUUUGUCAUCAGAUUUUAAUAGUUUUGUCGUAGUUGAUAAUAUUUAAAUCAAUGAUCUUGUAUUAGGCGUGUAUGUCUAAAGUGAGGCAAUAUAUUUAAGUGCAACUAA